AAUCUCAAGUCAAUCUCAAGUCAAUCUCAAGUCAAUCUCCAUUGGCUGCCAUUCCUUCAAUCCUCGAUGGCCGGAAACGCUCAGCACGACGCCAUUCUGGACGCCAUCUUUGACCCGACGCUGACGCUCUCCACAAUGCGCGCGCCGGCGACCAUCCGUCCCAUUGCAAGACCGACACAGCCACCUGCGCUGUCCGAGAGCGAGCGCGAAGCAGUGGCCCUCGAGCUCCAGGCCGUGCGCCUCGCUUCUUCCGUGUCUGCUGUUACUUCUCCUUCUCCGACAACGACGACGACGUCGCACCCCGCUGCUGACGCCGCCGCGACGAACGAUGGCGAUAGCGAUGUGCAGCGUCUCGCUGAAGCAGAAGUCCUCCUGCGAAAGGCCAUCGCUCUGGCGCCACGCAAGCCAUCGCUGUAUAACAAUCUCGCCCAGGUCCUCCGACUCCGACACCACCCUACCGCCAGUACCACCGCUAGCUGCGGGGAGUCUGCAACCCCUGGAAGCUGCACAACUGCUGCUCCUGCGACUACAUCUGCUUUUUCCGAAAUUCUCACCUUGCUCGGUCGAGCCAUCGAGCUCUCCGACCCGACGGGAGCGAAGUCUCCAGCCGAGUUUGAGUCUGACGAGCACCUUCGCACCGCGCGACAGGCCUAUGUGCAGCGUGCGUUGGUUCGACAGCUGCUCCAGCUUGAUGCAGACUCGAAGGCGGACCAUCGUCGUGCAGCGGAACUCGGCAGCGACUUUUCCCGCACCGAGCUCGUCAACUCCAAUCCUUACGCGGCCAUGUGCAACGCCAUGAUGGGGCAGUAUCUUGCGACCCUGAAAGGCGGCGCCGAGCGAUAAUCGUGAAUGGUGCAGAAUUGUGUGAGCAAAUAAAAGGGGGAGCUUUUUGUUUGUAUCACACAAAAACAAAACAAAUUGACGCAAAAAAAGUACAAGACAAA